GAUUGAAUGGGAGCAAGUGACCGAGUGAAAAUGUGUGUGUGCGUGAUUGAAUGUGAGUGAGUGUGCGAGUAUGCGAGUCAGUGCCUGAGUCAGCAGCUGGCUUCCCUACCCUGUUCUCAGUGCAAGAUGCUAGAUGCUGACAUCGGAACUUCCGCAUCUGUCAGCAGUUGCAGUCCUGGGAUCUUGCAGCAGACAGAGAGAGAGAGAGAGAGAGAAAGAAUCGGGAGGGCUGCAAAUCAGGAGCUCCAUGCAGAGUUGCCUGGGUCUGUGGAAGUACUGCAGGUCACCCGAUGCGAAGGAUCGCACCAUGUUUCACCGCCAGUCGUGCUCGGUGAGCGAGCCGAGGAGCUCCCCGGGGCAGCCUGCAGACGCUUUCAGCGUGUUGGAGCUGAGCCCCGCCAGCGGCACCGCUGCAGGCCAGCAGGAGGAGAGUCCGCUCUGCAGGCUGACGGUGGACAGCCUGCCGUUCCAGCCGCAGCUUCACCUGCUCCCGAGUGUCCCGCAGCUCACCGUCACCUCGGAGGAGGGUACCACCCAGGACAGCCUGGAGCCGGACCCGAACGUCAAAGUGUGCCGCAAACUCUCCAGCUCGUCCCUCUCGUCCACCGGUUCCUCUCUCUUCGAGGAAUCCGAAGACGACCUCCUCGCCGACAACGACCACCAGCACUUCAGAGGAGCUGAGGAGCAGGAGGACGCCACUCAGAACAAAUCCUGGAAGAAGGCAAAAUCAAUAGUCCACGUCUCAUCCUUCCCGUUCAAGAAACGAUAUUCAUGGAUUCAAUUGGCUGGUCAUUCAGGGAGUUUCAAGGCUGGCAAUGGUGGGCGGAUCCUGAAGAAGUACUGUGAAAAUGAGAAGCUGUGCUUUGAGCAACUGAAAACUGAUUCGCUAGCUCCCUUUGUGCCCCAUUACUAUGGCAUUACACAUGAAGAUGGAGAGUGGUAUAUUCAGCUGGAUGACCUGUUGGCUGAGUUUGACAGCCCCUGCGUCAUGGACUGUAAAAUGGGAACAAGGGCAGACAAUGAUAUUAUUGUUGGGCUGUUCCUGCAGAGAUCCAGUGAAGAGUUGACCCAACUGAAUCAAGGUUGGAGAAUGGCCACAGAGAGAGCGGAUGGCAAAGGCAGCACAAACUUCAAAAGGACCAAAACAAAGGAACAAAUUCUUCAGGUCUUUAUCGACUUUGUCAAUGGAAACAAGAAAAUUGUGCAAGCCUACAUGACAAGACUAAUGGAGAUUCGGAAAGCUCUGGAAACGUCGGAGUUCUUCAAAAGGCACGAGGUUAUCGGGAGCUCCUUGCUGUUCAUACAUGACAAGAACGAGGUGGCAAAGGUGUGGCUGAUCGACUUUGGGAAGACCACCAGGCUGCCAAGCGGAAAGACUCUUAAUCACCGUCUGUUCUGGGAGGAAGGCAACAGGGAAGAUGGCUACCUCCUGGGGCUUGACAAUAUGAUCGCCAUUGCAUCCAGCAUUUUGUGAUGCUAGGCCAAAUUCCUCCUUUUCCAUUGGGCAGUAGGAAUAUUGUACGGGGCCAGCCUCCCUCGACCUGGAUGCGCGCUGCUGUUCAAAGCGGUGAGGGAACAAAGAAAGAGAGAGGACAUUUUGGCGAGAUGCAACUGAGGUUUCCCCACUGCCGGUGGGCUUUCUCUUGGGUGACUUUGUGUCUUUAAUUGGACCCAGACUGUGAAUGGGACGCACAAAGGUAUCAGAAUGGUGGAGGUGACGCUCUUAUCUCGUGGGAAAUAUGGUUGCUAUUCACUGUGGAACUGUUACAAAUGGUUACUCUCGGGUUUGGCUUGAAAUAAUAUUUGAAGGACAAUUGCAAUUAGAUUCUGCUCAUGGAUGAUAUCAAUGCAAAGCAAGAAAGUUUGUGGGCGCUCUCCUGAAAGAUAAGGUGACUUCCCCCUCACCUCGCACCUCACAAUGUCCAGGUCUAAAGCAGAAGUGGCCAACACAGGAAAGAGUAAACGGGGAACUGCAGGCCUGGUGUAUGUUAUCGUAAAAUCCUAGAAUCUAUUAUAAAGGAAGUGAGUACUAGAUAUUCAGAAGUACUUGUCUGAUUAGGCUGAUGCAACAUGGACUUAGGAUGAGUGGAUAUGUUUGACAAGGUUGAUAGCUUUUUGAGGAUGUUAUGAGCAGAGUUGAUUAAGGGAGAACCAAUAAAUAUGGGGUAUUUGGAUUUUCAGUAGACUUUGAUUAAGUCCCACACAAGGUAUUUGUAAACAAUGAAAGUGUUUGGGAUUGGGGCUAUUAUAGUAACAUGGCUUCCAGACAAAAAGUAGAGAUUAGGGAUAAAUGGCUCAUUCUCCAAUAUGACAAGUGGGGACCACAAGGGUCAGUGCUUGAGCUCCAACUAUUCACAAUCUAUAUCAAUGACUCUGAUGUGGGGUCAAUUGUAAUACAGCAAAUUCUCUGUAAUCGAGAUUCCAAGCAUCCAGAAUGGGGACUUUAGUGGCAUUAGCAACCAGAAAGGAUUAAUAGUUCAAGAAUGACUUUAUCAAAAAAGACAACAUCACUUAUCAUGGCCAGAUAUACCAGGAUUUAAAAGUGGCUUGUUUUUUAAAAUGCACCUUCAUCUUGUGGCAGCAACAGGACCAGUUCUCCCAGCAGCCACUUGUAUUCCUCAUGAAACCAGCAGAUUCAGCUAACCAGCUUCUCUCCAUUUCCCUGUGUGGGCUGGUUACUCUAUUGGCAGGUGCAGCUGACACAAAACCUGAGAGCCGUGAGGAUUUACACAGGCUGAACAUGAUAGGCAAGAGCCUGUAGAUAAGUGUGAGGUUAUCCACUUGGUAGGAACAAUUCAGGUGAAGAGUAUUUCAUAAAUAGUGAGUAGUUGUGAAAUGCUGAUGUCCAAAGAGGUCGAGGUGCCCUUGUUCAUGUAGGUGUAGCCAGCAGUUCAGAAGAUAAACAGUCUUUACUGCAAGAGGGUUUGUGAACAGGAACAAAUAAAGACCUCAUUUGGAAUAUUAUAUCCGGUUCUAGUUGCCUUCCCUAAGGUAGGAUAGAUUUUGAAUGAUUCCGCAUCCUUCACUAUAACACUGAUAUACUCCACACCCCUCAUUAUAACACUGAUAUAUUCCACACCCCUCGCUGUAACAUCGAUAUACCCCACACCCCUCACUCUAACACCGAUACACUCCACACCCUUCACUGUAACAUGAAUCUACAUCACACCCCUCACUAUAACACUGAUACCCUUUACUGGUGUUCCCUAUAUUCUCACUAUAGUACACUCCAUACAUCACCUACACUCCCUGGCAUAACAGCCCAGUCUGUAGUAUUGCUGCUAACAGAUGCUACUCCAUUGUAUAAUGCACAUUUCAUGUUGAUUACUGACAUAAAAUCAGUGACUUCACUUUUGAUUCAUUGUCUGUGAUUUGGAAUGUUCUUAUUUGACAGACACGAUGUGGAUCCCAAGCUCGUCCUUUACUUUCACUUCCUCAGGAGACUGUUCAAAACUGAGUGAUACUUCUGUCUUGGCUUCCCAGUAAUUUUCUGCAGCUCACUGCCUGGAAAAGGGGUUAUUUCUGAAUAGAGCUGUCUACUUGGAUUAUGCUUUAUUUAUAUCCCAUACACCAAGUAUGGAACACAGCAUGGUUUACUUAAUGAGGUCUGAGUGGAAGGAUAUCAUGAGUGUCACAUAACAUGCAAGUGCUCCAUUUCACCUUCUCUCAUUGAUUAUCACUGUCAUAUUUUCUGCAGCGAUAAGGAGAUUUGGGUUAUUGAUGAGUUAUUUGUAUUAUUAUGGGAAAUCUCUUCCAUGUGUCACAUCUCUCAUAUGCAGCUUACAAAAACAGGAACAGCUGGAGAUGUCAAUUCGCCCCCCUCAAGCAAGUCCAUCAUCCAGGAGACAGUGAGGUCUGAAGAUGCUGGAGAUCAGAGUUGAGAGUGUGUUGCUGGAUAAGCAUGGCAG